CCUAGCGCCAGACACGGGUACUGGUCUCACUUGCUGUGCCGGAGUGUUGCUGCUCAACAUCGAACACGGUCGCACUUAUGGACAGGCGCCCGUAGCUCCGGGAUUCCUUCACCCAGACGUCACGCCUAACUGUCGUUCCUGGGCUUUUCCGCCUGACUGUUUCGGACCAUUCCGCCCCGCGAGCAGGCCCACGGGACUUUGGCUGAGAAAAGUGCUGGUGCUUCGGUGGCGAGCGAGCGCGCGCGGAGAAGUGUCCUCGAUGGCUGGCUGGAAGGACGGAUCGGUGCAGGAGAAGUACCGGCUGGUGGUGGUCGGAGGCGGCGGCGUCGGGAAAUCAGCCCUGACGAUCCAGUUUAUUCAGUCUUACUUCGUCACUGACUACGACCCCACGAUUGAAGACUCCUACACCAAGCAGUGUGUGAUCGACGAGAGGGCGGCCAGACUCGACAUUCUCGACACGGCUGGACAGGAAGAGUUCGGAGCCAUGCGAGAACAAUACAUGAGGACAGGGGAGGGUUUCCUGCUCGUCUUCUCCGUCACUGACAGGGGAAGCUUUGAAGAAAUCUACAAAUUCCAAAGACAGAUUCUACGAGUCAAAGACAGAGAUGAAUUCCCCAUGAUUCUCGUCGGGAACAAAGCAGACCUGGAGCCACAUAGGCAGGUAACCCAAGAAGAGGGUCAACAGCUGGCUAGACAGUUAAAAGUGACUUACAUGGAGGCGUCGGCCAAAAUCCGCAUGAAUGUAGACCAGGCUUUCCACGAGCUGGUUAGAGUUAUCAGGAAAUUCCAAGAACAGGAAUGUCCUCCAUCACCAGAACCGACAGGAAAAGAGAAAGACAAGACCGGCUGCCAUUGUGUGAUCGUCUGAGUCUGCCUGCCUUAUUACUGUAUCUCAUGCAGCUACACUUUCGCCUGACAGCACAUCCUGAGUGGAUGACUGACCGCUGCCUUCUCCAUGUGCAUGACUCCAGUCAACUCUGGGAUGCUGUGACCAGGAAUCACAGCCCCUGGGACAUCGUCGCGGGCAUCGCUAUGGACAAUGCCAAAUUUCUAACACCACUCUACCUUCAGCCAUAAUCUAGUUCCCAGAGCCCCAACACUAAACAUUGCCUUCUGAAAUCAGCCUGACGUGAUCUCUUUUUGUACUCUGAAGGACUCUUCUUGCCUUGUAGUGAUUUGUACUUGCGACCGAGAUUGAUUGAAAACCAUUUAUCUAGAAUGUUAAUGACUUUCUUUAGAUUCAAGUGUCUGACCUGAACAUAGAGAUUAUCUCAUAAGAAGCUUGUGUGUAUGUCGUGCCAUCUCUACUCUCCAUGUUCUAACCGGCUGUUGUACAUAUGUGACAUUUGUUGUGAUUUUCAAAGUGUAUUUCUAAUGAUGAACUAUUAAAUCACCACUGUACAGUGUGGGAGACGUUUGGUUUUACACUUGCAAAGGUGAAUUUACCAGGUUGUAAAUAUAUAUGGACCUUAAAGCUGAACCAGUGUAGAACUUCAGUUUUCUUGACUUAAGUCUCUAUGAGUUCUAGUUCACCAUUUCGAGUGGGAUGGACAAAGAUCUUGACACUGUUUUGUAUCUUAUGAACAUUGAAUUUACUCAUCUAUUUGACAGACUAACAAAAGUUUGCUUUUUUGUUUCAAGAAAAUCAUUCCAGUUUUGUCACAUUUUACUUACAGUUCACACCACAACACCUUAAUUUAUCUGAAUUAUUUUGAUGGGAGUCCAACACAGAAGUUUUGAGGUGCCCAGCGAAUUACUCUGUGGUGGGACGUGACUCGCAGUCAUCACCACAGACCGGACACCGAUGCGUCUGCCUUCAAUUCUCCCUGGGGUUUUUCUUUUUUCCUGGUGUCUUCUUCAGCAAAUGGGGUUAAAGAACAAAAUAAAACUACUUUUUUUUACAUAUUUCUUUUCAAACCUUUUUUAUAAUCCCUCUCCCAUCAAAGCUGUGCUUGAUGUAAAAUGGUCCGUUCUGAUUUUAAAGUUUUGCCCAAAUAUGACAGCAAAUGGUGUGUACAAUGAAAGAAAAGUAUGUUUACCUGGCUGCAAUCCAGAGUUAAAAGACUUUGUUAACAAGAAAAUGAGCAUCGUCCCAAAGAAAAAAAAAACACUAUUUGCCUUCUUUUUUUUGAGUUGUUCUCUUCCCAUCCACAUCUGUCUUUUACCAUGUGUUUAGCUCCAGUUGCUAAAUAAAAUAUAUCAGUUGUA